AUGUCGUCAACCCCCGCAGAGCCUGCUGGUCUUUUGAGACUGGCUCGAAAUGUCUCACUGUCUCAGAUCGUUGCUGCCAUUGCUAUAAUCGUCACAGUCCGAGUCGUUACAACAUACAUCCACAGAAUAUACUUCCACCCCCUGAGUAAAUUCCCAGGACCCAAAUCCAGAGCUGCAUCAUGGAUCCCAUCGCACAUUGGACUCUGGACAGGCACGAAUCACCUCCGCCUAGCAGAGCUGCAUCGCAAAUACGGACAUGUGGUCCGGACGUCUCCAACCCAGCUAAGUUGGACGGACCCUGAUGCGUGGAAAGACAUCUAUGGUCACGGCACGAAAGGAACACCAGGCUCUAACCCUCACAAAAACUGGAACCACUACGGAGCAUCUCCAAACGGAUCGUACAAUCUCAUCCAGGCACACGAUGCUGACCAUGCCCGUAUGCGCAAGAUCUUUGGACCAGCCUUCUCAGACCGCGCUCUCAAGCAGCAAGAACCGCUUUUUCUAAGAUAUGUCGAUAUGCUCGUAUCCAAGUUCAAAGAGGCCAUCGACAAGAAUCCUAGCGCUGAGAUCGACCUGGUGAAACUGUACAACUUCACCACCUUCGACAUCAUGGGCGACCUCACCUUUGGCGAGCCACUUCACAUGCUUGAAAACGCAGAGUACGACCCCUGGGUCAGCGUCAUCUUCUCGAGCAUCAAGAUCAUGAACCGCGUAUCCAUCCUAAUAGCCUACCCGUGGGUAUGGAAGGCCUUCAAAGCCCUGAUCCCGGAAUCCAUAAACAAAAAAGGAGAAGAGCACUUCCAGCACUCCGUCACCCGCGUCACGAAGCGUCUAGAGAAAGGGCGUGACGCAGAGGGAGUCGAUCUCUGGGACCUCGUGCUGGGACAACAGGACGGCAAGGGGCUAAGCAGAGGCGAAAUGGACGCAAACGCCAGUGUCUUCAUGGUCGCGGGCACAGAAACCACCGCAACCCUCCUCUCGGGCCUGACAUACCUGCUCCUCCGGAACCCCAAAUGCUUGGCCCAAGUCGUCGACGAGAUCCGCUCCGCGUUCACCAGCGCAGACGACAUGACUAUGGAAACCCUAGCCGCACUGCCUUACCUCGCCGCGUGCAUAAAGGAGGCGUUCCGUCUGUACCCUCCCGUGCCCCUCGGCCUCCCCCGACUCGUCCCCCAGGACGGAAGCACCAUCGUAGGCACCUUUGUCCCGCCCGGCACCACCCUCACCAUCCCGCAACUCGCCAUGUACACCAGCGAGAAGAACUUCACCAGGCCGAUGGAAUACCUCCCGGAGCGCUGGCUGGGAGGUGCAGAGUUCGAGGCCGAUCAGCGACAAGCUGUGCAGCCGUUUUCGGUUGGCACUAGGGAUUGUGUGGGCAAGAACAUGGCGUACCAUGAGAUCCGACUCGUUAUCUCAAAGGUGCUGUAUAACUUCGAUCUUGAACUGUGUGCUGAGAGCGGCGAUUGGGCGGAACAAGAGACGUUUAUCCUGUGGCAGAAGACGCCGUUGAUGUGCAGGCUUAAAGCGGUUAACUGA